AUGCUGGACUGGAGAUUGGCAAAUGCACAUUUUAUUCUGGCUGUGAUGUUGAUGCUGUGGAGUUCAGGAAAAGUACACUCAGUGGAUGUAACAACAGAGGCUUUUGAUUCUGGAGUCAUAGAUGUGCAGUCACCGCCCACAGUCAGGGAAGAGAAAUCAGCUACUAAUCUGGCAGCAAAACUCUUGCUUCUUGAUGAACUUGUGUCUCUGGAGAAUGAUGUAAUUGAAACAAAGAAGAAAAGGAGCUUCUCAGGUUUUGGGUCUCCCCUGGACAGACUCUCUGCUGGCUCUGUUGAUCAUAAACGUAAACAGAGGAAAGUAGUAGAUCAUCCAAAAAGGCGAUUUGGUACCCCGGUGGAUCGGAUUGGUGGAAACCGUCUCUCUAAUUCCAGAGGCUAA